AUUCCUCUCCCCCUUGCUCCUUUUCUCCCCCUUUCUCCUCCCCCUCCCUUUUCCCUCUCAUUUUCUCUUUCCCCCUCUCUUCCCCCUCCCUUUCCCUCUCCCUCUUCUCUCUCUCAGCUCCCUUACAUUAAAGAGAAAAUGCUGCUAUCAGUGACUUCCAGGCCUGGGAUUUCGACUUUUGGCUAUAACAAGAACAACAAGAAGCCCUAUGUGUCAUUGUCUCAGCAGAUGGCACCACCUAGUCCAAGCAACAGUACCCCGAACAGCAACAGUGGGAGCAAUGGAAAUGACCAGUUGAGCAAAACCAACCUCUAUAUCCGGGGAUUGCAACCAGGCACUACUGACCAGGACCUUGUCAAAUUGUGCCAGUCAUAUGGCAAGAUUGUCUCCACUAAGGCCAUCCUGGACAAGAGCACAAACAAAUGCAAAGGCUAUGGCUUUGUGGACUUCGACAGUCCUUCAGCCGCACAGAAAGCUGUCACGGCACUGAAAGCCAGUGGUGUGCAGGCUCAGAUGGCAAAGCAACAGGAACAGGACCCCACAAAUUUAUACAUAUCAAACCUUCCACUCUCCAUGGAUGAGCAAGAACUAGAGGGGAUGCUGAAGCCUUUUGGCCAGGUUAUCUCCACUCGAAUCCUCCGAGACACCAGUGGGACCAGCAGAGGGGUUGGCUUUGCAAGGAUGGAGUCCACAGAGAAGUGUGAAGCCAUCAUCACCCACUUUAAUGGAAAAUAUAUUAAGACACCUGCUGGAGUCCCAGCCCCAUCUGAUCCCUUGCUUUGCAAAUUUGCUGAUGGUGGUCCAAAGAAACGACAGAACCAAGGGAAAUACAUGCAAAAUGGACGGGCCUGGCCAAGGAAUGGAGAUAUGGGUGGUAUGGCCUUGACCUAUGACCCCACCACAGCUCUUCAGAAUGGGUUUUACCCGGCUCCUUAUAACAUCACCCCCAACAGGAUGCUUGCUCAGUCUGCACUCUCCCCGUACCUUCCAUCUCCUGUGUCUUCCUAUCAGAGAGUAACUCAGACAUCUCCUCUACAAGCACCUAACCCGUCGUGGAUGCAUCACCAGUCAUACCUCAUGCAGCCUUCAGGUUCCGUUCUGCCGCCGGGGAUGGAUCACCCCAUUUCUCUGCAGCCUGCCUCCAUGAUGGGACCUCUUACCCAGCAACUGGGGCACCUCUCGCUCAGCAGCACGGGCACGUACGUGCCGGCAGCCGCCCCGCUGCCAGGAGCUUACAUCGCCCCGUACACCCCCGUGCCUUCCGCCAGUGUUGCAGCCGAGUGGUCUGGAAGCGAACCCGCAUCCUGUCUGAGGUGCGCCUGGACGCCUGAAUCAUCGGAGAGGCUGAUGCUCCCGAACUCCAGAGGGCUGACGGGAUACAGACCCGCCGAGGGCCCUGCUAAGGACUAACACUUGGGCAGCGCUUUUCACAGGCCUGCGCCUGGAGAAAAGAAAUCUCUGCACUCCUGCCCUCUGCUUCUUCCUCCAUUCCUGGGGAGGCCUGGGGGAACCGUCACUUUUUGUGUGUGCUGCAUUCAAGGAGAUCAAAAGAACUUUUUUUCUUUCUUUUGCAAAGAAAGUUUUAUAUUUUGUUUUUAACUGCAAUAUACUCUUUC